UGCACAGAUCUCGGUUAGCUGCUAGCACGUUAGCUUGUCGGGGAAAGCAAGCGUCAACGGGGAGCAGGGCGAUACAGACCGUUGUACCGAUUCGCCUCUGUUACACAAAGGGAGAUACGCCUCGGUAGUGUCAGUGUUGGUUUUGACAAGCAGAGUUAGCUGCGAGGCUAGCUGCCAGAGAUAAUUUGGCUGUCGACGCUCUAAACGUGUUGUUUUGUCAACGGCAGACAUUUAUAGCAGCUGUUAGCCUGUUAGCUAGCCUGCGCGUUAGCUAACGCUCCCCAGCCAAGGCAGAGGAAAAGUCCACUUUUGAGAUUUUUUUUUACCACAGGAUCAUCGCCCAGGUUGGUUUGAGCUGUGGCACAAUGACGUCAAGGAAGAAAGUACUACUCAAAGUCAUCAUCCUUGGAGACUCUGGAGUUGGGAAGACCUCAUUGAUGAACCAGUAUGUGAAUAAGAAGUUCAGUAACCAGUACAAAGCCACAAUAGGUGCUGAUUUCCUGACGAAAGAAGUCAUGGUUGAUGACAGACUUGUCACAAUGCAGAUUUGGGACACAGCAGGUCAGGAGAGGUUCCAGUCCUUGGGUGUAGCAUUCUACCGUGGAGCAGACUGCUGCGUCCUGGUGUUUGACGUGACAGCACCCAACACCUUCAAGACUCUAGACAGUUGGAGGGACGAGUUCUUGAUCCAGGCCAGCCCUCGAGACCCCGAGAAUUUCCCCUUUGUGGUGCUGGGCAACAAGAUCGACUUGGAGAACAGACAGGUAACAACUAAGCGAGCACAGGCUUGGUGUCAGAGCAAGAACAACAUCCCAUAUUUCGAAACCAGCGCCAAGGAGGCAAUCAAUGUGGAGCAGGCCUUCCAGACUAUUGCACGUAACGCUCUUAAACAGGAGACUGAAGUGGAGCUGUACAACGAGUUUCCUGAGCCGAUAAAGCUGGACAGGAAUGAGCGAGCCAAGCCGUCAGCGGAGACCUGCAGCUGCUGAGGACUCUGAGGAUCAUCGGGGGGGGGGCGGGUGGUUGUCACUGCCCUCACUACCCUUUCUUGCCUUGUCUAUAUAUCCCCUUUCCCAUGGCCCACUGUGUUAAUCCCUAAUGCCCAACAUACAAGCAGCAUCCCACUCAUAGAGUAUACUACUACACACACAAACAUGCUGCAGUCACCUCCUUAUGUAUACAUAACACACACAUUUUCUAUAAAAUAUGCGUCUCCUAGCCCAAAGAUCACCUUAAGGAAACAUUAUGGCAUUUACUUGUAUGAUGCUUAUUACUUCCCAGUGUUUUCACACACUUUUUCAUAGCAGUGGUGGUUUGGGCAAAUCUCAUUUUCAGUUCCAUGUAUAUUGCUGCUGUCAUACCCAGUUUUUGUUCUAACUGCUUUUAUUUGGAUACUUUAAGUGGUAAUUGAAGCAUUAUCUCUAUACAUGUUUGUGUUUGAGUAAAGCAAUUAUUUUUUGUUUGUUUUUUUUGUUGUUUUUUUAAUCAACGUUUCUUUAGCAGUGGUGGUUGUUUUCUUACUUUGACAGCCCGCCACUGCUGCAUGAAUACAGGAAACACUGCUCCCCCCAUUUUAUUCGUUUGUGUUGUGGCUUAAAUUUGUUUCAAUUUGAGAAACACUCAUUGCUCUGGUUUCACUUUACCUCAUGCAACUUUAAAAUAAUUUAAACUCUGAUACAUAAACAGGAAGUCAGAGCUAAAGAAGUGAAGGAUCAGAAUGUGUGAAGGUGCAUGUGUGAAUCACAUUAAUAUGCUGCCUGCUGGUUCUCUGCAUAAUUGGCAUAGAAUUAAAAAUCCAAUUCAGUGAAAAGUCCAUCAGACAAGUGUGUAUAGAUUUUUCUUUUUUUUUUUUUUUAACAAUAACUGAAGACCUGUUCAGAUAUUUCAUUUUGGAGCCACAAUAAAUGCAGUUGUAGCUCAGGUUGAGGACAUCAUCUGAAUCCAGACUCAGCUCCUUGAUGGACGUGCUGUCCCUAGCAUGUUAUUUGCUGUUCCUCUAUUGGAGAAAUGAAGGUUUGUCUUGUAUUCAAUAAUUCUUUGUACAACAUUUGACAUGAGAAUGAACCAAAUCAAGACAGUCUGCCAUUCUACCUGAUAGUCCUGGAGAGGAGAGAGUUUUUUUUCUCAAGUAUAAAUAUCAUUCAUAACAGUACUAUUAGCUAGGACAUUUCUUUUUACUGUCAACUAUUGCAAGACUUUGUAUAUUUGCAAACCUCUCAAUCAUUGUGUGGGGAAGGCAAAAACUUGUGCUGUAAAUCUCCAUAUCUGACUCUGCCAGUUGCUCGUGUUGGCAAACAGUUUAAGUGCUUGACAUUUCUUUUAACCGAUCAGAUCUUUAACUGUCUGUUCGUAUUAUGUUAAAACUUUGAAAUGCAUUGUAGAUUACAAGAUAGCAUACAUACUGUAACUUUGAAAAGAAAAAAAAUGUGCAGGGGGGAGGGUUAUCGGCAUUCAUCAUUAUUAUAUUAUAAAUAUGAUAAAUGCAUAGCAUCUACAUUGUUUCAAAAUGUCUUUGCGUUUCAAGUAAUAAGGGUAAUAAAAAUCUUGAAUAAA